AUGGUCCUCAUCAAUAACGACUCUUCAACCCAACGGGUAGAUAUCCUGACCAAUGAAAGCCAUGGCACCCAGGACGCUUCUUCAGCCGCCGCCUUUCGCCGCCUGACCGUGGAUCUACCGACGACAGGAUCGGGAUCAAGCAACGACGUCUUCAGUAGCAGCGUCGGGACCAUUCGCAUCAACCAAGGACCGAGCGCGGGCGCUCUCGAACUCACUCUCAACCGCACCAUUCGCGUGCCCGACAACCGCGACACCAACAUGCUGCCCCCAAGCAUGGGCCAGUUCCCCCUGUACCGGGUGCAGGACUAUGCAGACCGCAUGCCAGCAGACAUGGCGGCCAAGGGCGGUCUGUUCUUCCCCAUGUACCAGCGCGAGGCCAUGUGGAUCAACUUCCGCGCCUCGCGGCCCUUUGCCCUCAAGGUCUAUGUGGGCGGCGUCAAUGCCGUGUCGGGCCUGCCGCGGAGCGACGGCGAAAAUGAUACAGAAAAGACGCGCCAGAAGCGGCUGCGCAUGCUGAAAGACGGAAAGCCCGUCCAGGACUACAUGGUGGUUCCCGGCCAGCCGUGGCUCGACGGCAUCGCGAGCGAGGACGGCAGGAUCCGCCAGUUCAUCGCCAAGCCCAAAGGCAGCGGGUUCAGCGUCGAGGCCCAGGUUACGGGCGAGGAAAAGGUGGGCGGCGUGCAGAUUGAAGUCGUCCCCAUAAAGUGUGGUCUGCCGCGGGAGCUGGAGGUGCGAUACGAGAACAGCGAGCGCGGCGUCAUUAAGCGAUCUUUGCUGUUGGCCGACAAGGGUCUGAGCGAGGACAGUUCCGUUCUCGACCUCAAGAAGCUGCUGAAGGAGGAAUUCAACGUGGCUUUGGAAGAUCAGAUCAUUGACACCAACCCGUGGGACUCUGACAUGUCCUCGAGUUUGAAUGGCAGCGAGUCCGAUGCCGGUGCCACGAAACUCGGCAGUCUCUAUUUCAAGCCAAACGGCUCCCUCACCUUAUCCCAUAAGCCAAAGUUUGAUGAAUAUGCUUGUGAUACAAGGGCGUGCUUCGGUACCACAUCAGCUCCUCCUCCCCCUCCUCCCGGUGGUGCCGUGUUUGGUGCUGCCGCACCGGCUUCCUUUGGUGGUGCGUUGUUUGGUGCCGCGCCGUCUGCUCUCAAUCCGCAAAUUGUCCCAGAGGUGAUGAGUCUGAAGUCUGGUCCACCGGGAUCCGCUGACAAAUUCUCCAUGGAAAUGGAAUUUGAGCAAGACUUCUCCAUGGAAUUGGAGCAAACGUCUGCUUGUGGCAAGAUCAUGCCGGUGGCUGCGCGCAAAGUAGUCAAGGAGAUGGGUCUCGCCGCUGGUGGCUUCAUCCAGCAGACCAUUGAGCCAGAUCGUCACCCAGCCGAUGUCUGGGACGUGGACGAGGCCAAUCUGCUCAACCUGCAGAUCCUUGACUCGGAGUCGUUUACCGAGGUCACCGGCCUACCGCCGCCGCCCACGCCUGUUGAUGCCGAGACGUAUGCCCAGAACGGCUACCCGUUCUUUGAGAUCUGGGGCGAGGAGAAGACGGGAGUCAAGGGUGACUUUGCCGAAGUCAAGAGUGUGGCACAGAUCGAGGCCGAGAGAGCAAAAGAAAGAGGCGAGGAGGUUGAGGAGGAGAAGAGUGUGCCACAGCGCAUUCAUGUGAUUGGCCAUUUCAGGAGUACAUUCAGACCAGUGGCUGUGCUGAAGAAGGAGCUGGAAGGCUUGAAGCUUGAUGAUUGA